AUGACUGUCCGUGAUUCUAUCGCAACAAUAGUCAGAUCUAUACCAGGAUCUGACAGACUACCGAGAAAUCUCCCUUUUGUACAAGGCAGAGUGGUGCACGAAAUGUCCAUCUCAGAGAUUCAUGAUCCACAAGAAGAAUUGGUUUCCGAAAAUGGCCAGUCAACCUCGGUCUAUUCCCAACCCCAAAGAGAAAAGUCUCCACAAGAAAUACUCCAUCUGCGUAUUGCUAGUCGUCGUAAAAACAUGGCACAGAACUCUUCCGACUCUCAGCCGGAAUUACUUGCUUCUCAUCAGAUAGCUCUGUCUCCGUCGGAGAGUUCGUCUCUGGUACUGGCGGGUGAUAAUACGCUUCUUGACUCUGAAAUGGACUUGCUGACCAAUCCACUCGUAGACGAAUAUUUGAGUGAACAGAACGAGAAAUUCAACAGCCUCAUCCAUCGCAAUUUGAAAGAAGUCAUGACGCAGCAGCAACAAUUCGAAGAAGGAUCCGGCUGGCGCAGAUUAGCGUUUGAUCUUCUAGUGUCAAAGAACAUUCCCGAGGCAACUCUCCGCGCCAAUCAAAUAGUAAACAAAGUCUCAGCCACUGCUGCGGCCUACUUCCCCCAAAUGAAAGCGAAGAGCUCUCCACAGGCUUUCAUUGAAGAGUAUGAGGCUCACAUGGCACACGAACACACGAGGAGGCUCAUAGAACAGUUCCUGGAGCUGGAGCGUGAAGCAAUCUAUAAGGAGCUCGAGCUCGAGUUUGGUUCGCAGAAGUCUCUGCAGCCGCUUUCUACGGAGCGACUCAUGGGUCCAGACGCCACAUAUGUUGAUAAAAUGGAAGCACUAUUCAUACUUUCCUUAAGACUUUCCUUUGCUGGACUCAGACAUUCAAUCCCAAUAAUGAAGCAAGCAGCUACCAAAUUCAGGAAUGAUGAAAUUAUUCUUUUUAACAGCUCCAAUUUUGAUCUGUUGUUAUCGCUCAUUAUAAGCAUUCUCGAGAAAGUGGAGAGAAAAGUACAAGUGAGUGUGCCUGAUAGCCCUGAGUUGGGAAAAGUUGAUGGUUAUUCCAACAAGUAUACUUCUAAGAAUAGUGCUGAUUCGAUAGAAGAUUCGAAAGAAUGGGCACGAUCGAUGCUGAAGCUUGUGGCUGGUCCCGAUCAUAGCGUCAGAUCUCCAUUGUACAUCGAACGGCAGCAAAGUUCCAGAAUCCAAUCAGAAGAUGAUAACCAGGAGCCAGGUACACUCGGCUAUAUACUAGACGCAGCACAGAAGUUUGCAUCUGAAAUGUCCUAG